CUGAUCAAAGGGCCACGGCUGGUGUUCUUGGCUCUAAGGGGAAACUUGCCACACUGCAGGCGAAAGAGAGGAGGGCGGCGGCGGCGGCGGCGAUCAACCCAGUUCCCACCGAGCCAGAGGAGAAGAAGAGAGUGGUGUGAGAGCCACGCAAGUAACCAGAAGGCGCUUCCGAAGGGGAAGGGGAUCAGGUGGCGUCUCUCUAUCACCCUCUUCUCCAUCCCGAAGCAGCAUGGCAUAGCUUGAAAAACGCCGCCACAUGCCAGAAGAAGAAGUGAGGACGGAGGGGGAAAGACACACACAUGCGCGCCAAUAUAUUAAGACCUUUUAACCAUGGAAAGUAACCAGAGCCGAAGUUUCUUGCCGUGGCUGAUUUUCCUUCUGUGGAGCCUCAAGUCUGCAGCUUCUCAAGCAGUCUGUGCGGGCACCUUCAAUGGGCUCAGUGUGACAGGCGAUGGCCAGCAACAGUACCAGACGCUGCACAAAAUGUACAACAACUGUGAGAUUGUCAUGGGUAACCUUGAGAUUGUCCUAAUUGAACAAAACCCAGACCUCUCCUUCCUGCAGACUAUUCGAGAAGUGACGGGCUACGUUUUGAUCGCCAUGAAUCACUUCACAUACCUGCCACUGCAGAAUCUGCGCAUAAUACGAGGGACACAGUUCUAUGAAAAAAAGUAUGCGCUCUUCAUCUUCCUCAACUACGAAAAGAACGUCACGCAUGGCCUGCGCCAGGUGGGCUUCAACCAGCUCACAGAAAUCCUGUCUGGGGGUGUCUACAUUGGAAAGAACAAACAGUUGUGUCACGUUGAGACUGUUAAUUGGGGAGACAUAAUACGGAAUACGGAAUUCCUUCCAGUGAUUCAAGAAAAUGGGGAGAAGUGCCUUCCAUGCCAUGAGAGCUGCAAUGGGCACUGCUGGGGUCCUGGAGCCGAAGACUGUCAAAAAUUGACCAAGACCAUCUGUGCCCCCCAGUGCAAUGGCCGCUGCUUUGGCCCCAACCCCAACGAGUGCUGCCAUGAUGAAUGUGCAGGAGGCUGCACUGGGCCUCACCAGACGCAGUGCUUUGCCUGCCGGCACUUCAAUGACAGUGGGGCCUGUGAAACACAAUGCCCCCAGCCGUUGAUCUACAACAAGCUCACCUUCCAGCUAGAGCCCAACCCAGAUACCAAAUACCAGUAUGGUGGCAUCUGUGUCAAAAGCUGCCCACAUAAUUUUGUGGUGGAUCGGAGCUCAUGUGUCCGGACCUGUCCAAAUGACAAAAUGGAGGUAGAAAAAAAUGGCCAGAAGAUGUGUGAGCCUUGUGUGGGACUGUGCCCAAAAGCUUGUGAAGGGACUGGAACUGGAAACAAAGACCAGACAGUGGAUUCCAGCAACAUUGACCGCUUUGUCAACUGCACCAAGAUCUUGGGCAACUUGGACUUUCUUAUCACUGGCCUGGAAGGAGACCCAUGGCACAACAUAACCGCCCUGGACCCAGAGAAACUCAACAUCUUCCGAACAGUGCAAGAAAUCACAGGUUAUUUGAACAUCCAGUCAUGGCCCAAACAUAUGCACAACUUCAGUGUCUUCUCCAACCUGGUCACGAUUGGUGGACGCAGCCUGUACAACCGUGGUUUCUCGUUGCUGAUUAUGAAAAACACAAAUGUGACCUCACUGGGCUUCCGCUCGCUUCGGGAGAUCAGUGCUGGCAAGGUCUACAUCACUGAGAACAGGCAACUUUGCUAUUAUCACACUAUCAACUGGGCAUCUCUCUCACACCAGCGCCUGGCCCUUGAAAUCAAGAAUAAUAAACCUCGCAACCGAUGCAUGCAAGAGGGCAAAGUCUGUGAUCCUCUUUGCUCCACCGAUGGCUGUUGGGGCCCUGGCCCGGACCAGUGUGUCUCCUGCCGCAACUACAGCCGUGAAGGGAUCUGUGUUGAUUCCUGCAACUUCUUUGAGGGGGAGGUUCGAGAUUUUGUAGAAGGUGGCGCGUGCUUCCCAUGCCAUCCACAGUGCCAGAAGAUCGAAGGUGGCCUAACCUGCAAUGGAUUGGGUGCUGAUGCCUGCACAAGGUGUGCCAAUUACAAGGACGGACCACACUGUGUGGAGAGCUGCCCAGAAAGCAUCCGGGGAGAGAAGGGACUGAUCUUUAAAUUCCCUGAUGCCAACAAGGAGUGCUGGCUGUGUCAUGAGAACUGCUCGCAGGGGUGUAACGGUCCACGGAUUGAAGAUUGUUUCAUGGAAGAUCUCCCUGCUCCUAGGAAAAACCCCACCUUGAUUGCAGUGAUGGUUGUGGGCUGCCUCUUCAUCUUCUGCUCCUGUGUCUUGCUCACCUUCCUAUACUGCCGGGGCAAGAAGAUUCAGAAGAAACGAGCCAUGCGCAGAUACCUGGAGAGAGGGGAGAGUUUGGAGCCUUUGGAUCCUAGUGAGAAAGCCAAUAAGGUCCUGGCUCGAAUUUUCAAGGAGACAGAAUUAAAGAAGCUGAAAGUCCUGGGCUCAGGAGUGUUUGGAACUGUGCACAAAGGUGUCUGGAUCCCAGAAGGAGACUCUUUGAAGAUCCCUGUCAGCAUCAAAGUUAUCAAGGACCCAAGUGGCCGGCAGACUUUCCACGCUGUCACUGAUCACAUGUUGGCAAUAGGCAGUCUGGACCAUGCUUACAUUGUCCGUCUCUUGGGCAUCUGUACUGGCACCCAACUACAACUGGUGACUCAGCUCCUACCGUUGGGCUCCCUGCUAGAGUACGUCCGCAAAAACAAGGAUGCCAUUGGCCCUCAGCUGAUGCUCAACUGGUGUGUACAGAUUGCCAAGGGCAUGUACUACCUAGAGGAGCACCGCAUGGUCCAUCGCAAUCUUGCUGCCCGCAAUGUUUUGGUGAAAUCCCCCAGCCAGGUACAGGUGGCAGAUUUUGGCAUUGCUGACCUACUCUAUCCAGAUGACAAGAAAUACUUCUACAAUGAGGUUAAGACACCAAUAAAAUGGAUGGCUUUGGAGAGCAUACAUUUUGGAAAAUAUACACACCAAAGCGAUGUCUGGAGCUAUGGAGUGACAUUGUGGGAGAUGAUGACCUUUGGAGGUGAACCCUAUGCUGGGAUCCACCUUUCAGAAGUGCCUGACCUUCUGGAGAAAGGGGAGCGCCUCUCACAGCCCCAGAUCUGCACCAUCGACGUCUACAUGGUGAUGGUAAAAUGCUGGAUGAUUGAUGAAAACAUUCGCCCCACCUUCAAAGAGCUAGCCAAUGAGUUCACACGCAUGGCCCGUGACCCCCCUCGCUACCUGGUGAUUAAGAGAGAGAGUGGGACACUCUCCCCAGUUGAGCCACCCACACUCAGCGAAAAGGAGUUGGAUGAGAUGGAAACACUGGAAAUGGAGACAGAGUUGGAAGAGGAAGAACUUAAUAACCUCUUUUCCUCCAGGCAAUGGAUUGACUCCACACAGAACCCAAGUCUUCUGAACCCAUCUGCUGGAUACAUCCCCAUGAACCAGAGCAGCCUCAGUGGAAGCCGCCAGAGCACCGGACUGGGCUCCCGGCAGACUUUGCGCAUACGGCAGGAGUCAAUGGGCCGCACAGUGUCGGAAUCAUCAGAGGGUCGGGGCACAGCCUCGGAGUACGAUCUCACUGAGGAUCUGUCCUUGUCGGGGAGCCUGUGCCGCAGCGUGCGUUCCCGAGGAGACAGUGCCUACUUGUCCCAGCGAGAGAGCCUGAUGCUCCCAAUUGGAAAUGCUGACGGAGAGGAAGAUGCCAACGGCUAUGUCAUGCCAGAUCGAAAUGGCAGAGAGCGUGCUGCUGGCAUUGCUGCCUCCCUGAUCCACAGCUUGGUCCCUGUGCCACAAGUGGAUGAGGAGUAUGAGUACAUGAACCGGCGCGCUCCGAAGGCCCAGCAGCCCCGGCCAGCCUCUCUGGAGGAGCUUGGCUAUGAGUACAUGGAUCUGGGCUCAGAGCUGAGUGCAUCACUGGGCAGCGUACCAAGUUCCCAGCUUACCACUCCUUGUCGGGAUGAUGACUACGAGGAAGAAGAUUACGAGUACAUGAACAAACAGCCCAAGCUCAGCAAGUCUCUGAACAGUAUCCGUAGCUCCCGGGCAGACUAUACUGAUAUGGACUCUGGCAUCACACAAGGCUCCCCAGAUGAGCAGGGUUACGAGGAAAUGGAUGCUGUCCUGCCUCCAGUCCAGUGUCCCGGUUGCCAGAGUCCACCCUGUCCCAAGAAUGGGUUCAUGAAACCCCUGCGCACUCUGGAGGCCUCAGACUGUGCUUUUGACAACCCUGAUUACUGGCACAGCCGAUUGUUCAGCAAGGCUGAUGCCCAGAGAACAUAGUUAGGGGCUGGCCGCUUCAUCUGUCCUUUUGCAAGCGGGGGAAACCCCGAGUGAAACUUGCUCUUUAGCUGCAAACACCCUUGUUGUGAUUGUGGGCUCAAAGAGAGAACUUCCAUCAGGUCCCUAUGCCCUUGUGAUAUUGACCAUAAUGGGCAAGUCCAAUAGGAGCAACCGGUGAUGGACUUCUCUGGGGUUGCAUUGCAGCUUUUCCUACUUUGUGCUGUGGCUUGACUACUCACACCUUGGAGCCCUCCAGUUCAAAUGCUCUGAACUUAGAGGGCAAGAGGGACCAUUUCAGAGGCGCAGUCUAGGUGGUGGGAUCCAUUCCUAGGCAAACAGAAAUGCCUCCCUGUGUAAAAACAUUAAGCUUUUAAAUAGAGGCGGAGACAUGCUGGCCGCUUCCAUGGACGCAAGGGCCCUGCACUCGGAUGGAGGGCAUGAUUGCUUCAGGAAGCAGCUCUAUUUUAGAAGGCCAGGUGGAGCCUUCUCUGCUGUCAGGUGCUGAGCCUCAAGCAAUCCCACUAGGCCCUCCGCGGAGCCCUCUGCAGCAGCCAAGGCCUUGGGGCGGCCCAUUGCAGCCUUUGUAAAGACAACCUCCUACUCAUCUAUAGCAGGGGGGCCUUAAGCAUGAGCCAAGCAUGCUGAGCCUUGCAGGUGGUUAUAAGAGAAGGUGAUGUCCUCAUUUGUUGUGUCCCAUCCUAACCAACAUACACAGCAGGGGAGGAGGAGAGGACUAGUUAUCUGGGUGGAUAUGAAGGAUAAUGGUGCUUUUUCUGAGAGCCUGACAACCUCCUCUAGGAAAACAAUGUGCCCAGGUAUUGGCCUGAAACAAGACUUGUGUGGUUGAAUCCUACCUCUCAGUACAGCAUUUGGUUUUGAAAAAAGAACCCAGAGUUUCCGAGUUCUGCAUCCAGCUCUUGUCAUUAAUGUUCUUGGUGUGUGCCGAUCGCAAUCCCUGUGCCUUAUGAGUGUCCGCAUCUGGAGGAAGGAGGACGGAGUGGGUAGGAACAAAACCUGAAUGCCCUGGGGACCUGGGCUUCCAUCUCUUAUAUUACUUGCUUACUACCACAAGUGACUUAAAUUCUCUUUUGGCAAACCAGCAGCAAACUCAAGCAUCCAAAGAUGAGCAAAGAGAGUGCAAAUGGUUCUGGUGGAGAGAGCCAACUACUUCUGUCAUCUUGGGCAGAAAAAGGGAUAUGAAGUGCCUUUCUGAAAGAGAACAUCCUCCAUAUUCCCUACCUCAAUGACCGGGAGUAUGGGAUGCUUCUCUCCAUGGGAACGAAAUGAAGAGGAUAACGGAAAUUUCUGCAAACAAUAGAAGAGAGAUAUGCGUUGCUGCUGAAGUUAACAUGGGAAUUGUUUGAUGUUUGAAAGGUUGAAAAGUUGCACUGUGGCUCUUAACAGUGUUACUCCUGGUUCAUUUGAAUUGGGCUCAUUUACAUUAGAGUAAGAUUUGGGAGCAACUUCCAUCACCACUACCCCACCUUAGCCUGAAGGCCUGUAGUUUUGCCUACAACUUUGACUUUGUUCCCACAAGAUUUGGAUCGCAUCAUAUACACAGCUACUUGGGGAAAGGGAAAGGAAGAAAUCGACCUGAUCAGGGAGAAGAGGGGCUCAGCUCUGCAUUUGAUCUCAGUAUCUUCUUUUUCUGUGGAAACCAUGGCUUCAAGAGCCAGUCCCUCCCUUAUGUGGACUGCAUUCUAGAUUGACUCAUAACUGUUGUUGCACAGCACUGUUAUGGUGACAACAAAAAUCCAGGAGGUCCUGAGUUGAUCUCCAGUCUUUCUUUUGCAUUACAAAUAUGUGACUGGAUUUUAAAUGUAGGGUGUUUUUUUUAAAAAUGUCAUGCAUCUUUUGUACUGCUUUACAGAAUCAACAGACUGAUGGACUGGUUAGAAAAACCAAAAGCAAACUUUUGUGCAGUGUAACUGAAUUUCCCUCCUUUUCCUCUCCUCUCUAAUCCAAAGAAAUAGGAAUGAGGAGAUAAGGUGUGUGAUACAUGGAAGGAAACCCUGUUCUCUAUCAAUUGAAGGCCUCUUCAGACCAUUAUUGCACACUUUGAUUUGCCUCGCUAAAGCAAGAGGUUUAGAAGCUUGUUGUAUUUUAAAGCUUGAAGGUGAGAUUAACAGGAUUCUCAGGGAGAUAUCUGAUUUGUCUCGCAAGUUUUAAAACUCUGUGCUUGUGGUGUACUCUAUACAUGGAAUAUUCCUUCUCUCCCUACAUACUGUGGGAAACACCAAGAUGUGAUCAAACUACUUAGCUCCCCACCUGAUUGGGUGUUGUCAGGGGUUGGCCAAAUUGCACACUGGCUGAGGGCCAGGACCAUCAAAGGGCCCAUGGCUGAUCCUAAGGCCUUUGUGCAGAAAGACGGCAGCUGCCAACAAGGACUCCAAACCAUUGCAGCUACCAUCAAAGUAGCCCCCCCAAAAAAACCCCUUCUUGUGGGGGCUUAUGUAACCAGCAGUGACAGCUCAGAGUGUUCUUUGGUAGCUGUGCUGGUGGCUUCCAUAUUUCUUUACCUAUAAUGCAAUGACCACCACCACCCCGCCCCCACUCCCCCCAUUGCAUUCAGUGACACAGUGGCAGAGGGAUUUCAUUUUAAGUUUAAAUAUAUGACAGGUAGUGUAAGUGCUCCCCCACGGCUGCUAAGGAGGUCCACAACGGCACUUCACUGGGGGUCCCCAUGAACCUGAUGCAUAGGUUCAUGGGAUACUAGUGUGUGUAGGCUCAAAUUCCUCAAGUUCUAAAGCCAGUGUCACUCUGGAAAUGAGACCAGCUCUGGACUGAAUUCUGUCAGGGUUGUAUAUGUUUGGAUUUGGACACCAGAAUACACAAAGAUGCAAAGUUCAGUGUUGCAACAAUGCUUAUAUCCUUAGGGAACCAGUGCAAGGUGUGAAUGAAAUGCAGCUGAAAAGUAUGGGCAUGUUUCAGAGCAUGUUUAGGGGGCUGUUCACACAAGCAGUCCUACCUGGGCUUGAACAGCCCUACUUGGGCAGGGCUGCUCAUGUGGAGCACUGGGAUCCAGGCCAAUUCUGGUGCUGUUCUGCAGGGUAACCCGGGAUUUUUACCCAGCCUUCUAAUGAGGUAAGUGGGCAUGCACACCCUCUGACUCCAGUCUCUGGUCGUGUGGCAGCACAGGCUGCCAGCAGCCCAUCCUACCAUAGAGGCCGGGGGAGGAGCAUCCCAGCCUUUAAUCCAGGGGUUCUCAAACUUGGGUCCCCAGAGAUUCCUGGACUACAACUCCCAUCAUCCUCAGCCACAAUGGCCAGAGGUCCAGCAACCUCUGAGGACCCAAGGUUGAGAAGUUCUGCUCUAGUCUCUGAGUAGCACGGUUCAUUGUGGGCUUUCUGGAGGCCUGGCAUCCUUUCUCUGGCUUGCCUCUUGCGCACGGCGAGCUUCAAACUACCAGCUGGUCAUAUGGGGGAAGAUGAGAAUGCUCUUGCCUCCCCUUGCCUGCCUUCCUCGACCCCAGAAUUUACGGUCAUGUGCAUGACCUCCAGGUAUACUGAAACCCAAGAGAUUUCAGUGAAGCUUCAGCAGAAUUGAUACUAUCUGGAUUUGCACAGAGUCUCAAAACAUUGCAAUCAGCAAUUUUUUUGCUCCUGAAUGCGAAUUAUUAGCCCCAUUCACCUCUUAUGUUCAACUCUCAUAUGAGUGUACAGUAUACACAGGUACAGUUAUUCACACAUUUUGUUGAAUGCAGGUAGAGCAGUGCACCGUAUCUCCACAAUGUGUUUAAGGGACCUGUAUCCAAGCUCACUUUUAAAAUUAAUGCAGGCACAGUCAUUCACACAAAAACAUAUACAAGUGUACAGACAUCUAUACACUCAUACAAUGUCCAAAUAGGGCUAUCACCAGCUAAUUGCUGCAGAUCAAACUGCUGUUAAAGGGACAGCAGCUACACAUACCAGUUCAAACAUCUGGCAACUCUUCAACUUAAGGGUGUUUUGUACCUGUAAAAGUUGUGUAGAAGGGAAAACAUUUACUAGCUGCAACGUCUUCAUUCACUACAGCUUUGUGAUGGAAAUAGCCACAUUUGCUUAAAUGCUCAAUUCUGUGCAAUUCUUUUAGUCAAUCCAAUGUAUAUUUAGUUGGGGAGGAAAUGAGCUUUUCUCACAGGCAAGUUUGUAUACUGUAUAAGAUUACAGUGUUAGGUACAAGAGCCUCUCAGGAUCUGAUCCUGGCUAACACUAGUAAAAGGGCAGGUAUGCAACAAAAAAGUGAGAACAGAAAGAACCCAUCCACACUCCCUCUGUUUUGGUAGUGGGGGGGAGAGAGAGGUUGUUCUUUAAUUAUCUGGGCCCUGGGAAAGGCAAUUUAGUCAGAUUCUGACUCGAGAGAGGGAGAGGCAACAUCAGAAUUAAAAAGAAAAAGUAGAUCUCUAUUUGUAGAAUUAUGGGAUGGAUUUGCUCUAAUCGCCAUCUCCCAUAUUUGCUCUGAUUGCUGUUGCUCCUCACAUCAGACCUGUGACGUUUGAGGAAAAUGGCCAAACUGAAGAACAUCACGACUGGUGCAAUUACAGCUAAUAAAUACCAAUUCUUACAUAUCAUUAUGAACAAAAAAACAAAAGGCAUGGAAACAACCUCAUUCAACCAGCUUAGCUCUGGUGUUUUUGUUUUUAAUUAUUAUUUGUAUUGUACAAGGACAUGUUCCCCAAAGCUGGAUGUAAAUACUGUAUUGUCUUGUUUUUAAUGUCAGGUUAGAUUGUCUUUUUUGCCAUGUGUCAAAACUGGUAAAAUGAAGGUUUUUGUCUUUUCUUUAAUAUGAACUGGAAGGAAUACCAAAUGUUUACACACUUUAAAUUGCUUUGUACAAUGUGCCACCUACGAUGUGAGGGGGUGGGAAUAAUAAUGCUGUUUAACAAACAAACAUGAGAUGCAUGUAUUGUAAUUACAGGAGUAAGAUUUGUUGUCUUGAUCGGAGACACAAGAAAAUUGGAAAGAUGGUGAUAAGCCUUGCUUACGUAAGGAAAUAUGCACAGGUGGAUUCAUUUGAUAUCACUUUUUGCAUCCAAAUCAGAUAAAUGCUUUUGUAAAGAGAGAUGAAUCUAGCAUGCAACAAAUGCAUGUGACAUAAGAUUCCUACUGUUUUUGUUUGUUUGUGGCCUUGCUCUUUUGUCUUUAGCAACAUCCUGGCACAUAGAAAUUGCAUAUGCUCCAAAUCUCUUUAUUUUUUAGUCCCUGCUCCUGGAAAAUCACUGUCCCUCUUUUGUCUCUAUCUUUGCCUCCUUGAGAUAACAUUUUUAGUGUGUGUUGCCAUUCUUCAGGGUUCAACACCACUGUUUCUAGAAUGGGAUGGGGCUCUAGCUCAGUGGCAGAGCAUCUGUUUUGCAUGCAGGUCCCAGAUUCAAUCCCUGGCAGCAUCUGCAGGUAUAGUAGGGCUGGGAAAGAGCUCUGCCUGAAACCGUGGAGAGCUGCUGCCAGUCAGUGUAGGCAAUACUGAGCUAGAGGGACCAAGAGUCUGACCAGGUAUAAGGCAGCUCCUUAUGUUCCUAUAAGUUAAAUCUUGGAGUGGGAAGAGGAUGCAUUUUGUCUCUAGCGCAAGUGCAUGUACAUGUAUGCUACAGCAUCAUGCAGUGCCCAUUCUGCCAUUUCAAGCAAAGUACCACUUGUCACAGAGAUGAAGUGAUGGAAAACCUGCUUAAUUUAUACAUGUCAGGCUGGUGUUUAAAGGCACGGAAGUAGGCCAAUAAAAAAAUCUGGCAGGCAUCGUGCGUUAGAAAAUACCACUAUAAAGUAGCAUUAAAUGUACUCGAUGAAUUUUAUGUAUAGUUUUGGACAUUUGCAAGCUUUCAGGUAAUAUGGAAUCCAGCCGGGCAAAAAAAAAUUUUUUUUUAAGCAACCAAUCAGCUAAUACACAGAGGAAAAUUGGCUCAUGACAAACAGUUGCCGUUCCUUCACAUGUAACCUGUUAACUGCUUUGGGUAGCACCUUUCUAGAAAGUUCAGUGUGAUUGUCUGACAUGAGGACAGGAGUCAAAUUGUUAUUUUAACAUACAUUGAGGCUGUUCACACAAGCAGCCCUACCCUAGCUUGGGCAGUUUUACCUGGGUAGGGCUGCUCGUGUGAAGCACAGGGAUUGAGGCCUGGGUAGCCCAGGAUUUGUACCCACCCUCUCACCUGGGUGAGCAUGCUCGAUAAGACCUUUGCUACAUAUUUCCCAAAUAAUUCUGAGAAUAUAAUAUGAUGAGACGUUAACUCUGUGAGAAAUUUCUAGUCCCAUCUUACAAGUUCCCAAGGUUGCCCAGAAAGAGGAGACAACUGUGAAACCAGUUUAAAGUUUAGUGUAUGCUCCUCAUCUCAUCAAGUCAGUGCUAAAGUAGUGAAUCCAAGGGCUUUUCCUCAAGAGACUGUGGCCGCUGGAAUGUUUUUUUGGGUGGAGUUCAGGCCUUUUCCUUACAGGGCAAGUGCUGGACAUGAGCUAUCUUCUAAGACAGGAUGACCCACCUCUUACUGACGGAGGCACUUCUUGUUUCAGAAAGCCUGAAAAAAAGUGUGUGUGUGUUUUAAUUAUGAAAUAAAGAGUGACAUUGAUCAA